AUGGGGUGCAACAUGUGUGUGGUUCAAAAGCCUGAGGAACAAUACAGGGUCAUGUUCCAGGAGGUGGAGCUGUAUAAGCCUCGUCAGCAGGAUAAGCUGGGGCUGACGGUGUGCUACAGGACAGACGACGAGGAGGACCUGGGCAUCUAUGUAGGAGAGGUGAACCCAAACAGUAUUGCUGCAAUAGACGGCCGAAUCCGGGAGGGAGACAGAAUACUUCAGAUAAAUGGAGUGGACAUCCAGAACAGAGAGGAGGCGGUAGCCAUUCUCACCAGGGAGGACAGCACGAAUAUCUCCUUGCUCUUGGCACGGCCCGAGAUAGAGAAUGACAACCAGCUGGACCCAGAUGAGCUGGAACUGGAGCAGCUGGAUAAUGCGGCUCAUCUACCCAGCAGCCACAGACUGAGAAAUGGCAGCUCUAUCCUUGGUGCAGGACCUGGAGGUGUUGGUAGUGGUGGUGUGCUUGGCUGUGGUCGCUCUGUCAACAGGGACUCCCCUGGCCUGCUACAGACAGUGCUGAGCAACAGCCAGGAGCUGGACAGCGGGGUAGGCCGUACAGAUGAGAGCACACGCUAUGAGGAGUCUUCAGAGCACGACCUUCUGGGAGAUGACCACACCAGUGCCUCUAACACCAACGCCACCAAUACACCUGGCAGUAUGCGCAAGUUCUUGUCUGGCCGAGGGGACACCCCACCCUUGUUGCACUCCCAGGACCUCCAGUUCAGUACUGACUCCCUGCUUGGCCUGGAUUGUGUCAGUGGAGGAGGCCUGGAGCAGGUUGAUAGAGUGGAGAGGGGCUACACUGCAGAUCCAGUGAGGAUGAUGAUGAUGAUGCCUGGGCUGACCGAGGAGGAGUGUGAGAGAUACAAGGAACUCCUGGAGAUCAAAUGUUACUAUGAGAAAAACAGCAACACUGUGCUGCUCCCUGGAGGCCAGGGGCAGGCAGAGGAGGAAGGGGGUGUUUCACUGGAUGUGAACAGGAACGAGAGUCUGAUGCAACAUGAAAUGGCCCUUCUGGAAGAAGAGCUACGCCACUUGGAGUUCAAGUGCCGUAACAUCCUGAGGGCUCAGAAGAUGCAGCAGCUUAGGGAGCGUUGUCUAAAGGCUUGGCCCUUAGAGGAUGACAGUGGAGCAGGGGCAGGGGCAGGUGUUGGAGCUGGGCGUUUGAUUAGCGGGGCCUUGGCCAGUGAAGAGUCCUGUCACCAUGCACUGUCAGACAUUAAUGAGCUCCCAGAGAGGGAGCGCUCGGACAAGGAGAGCACCAGUGCCUACAACACUGGGGGGGAAAGCUGCAGGAGCACCCCUCUGGUCAAUGAACAGUUCCCUUCACUCUCUACACAGAGCCUGGAGGGUGGAGAAUCUCUCCCUUCAGCAACUCUGCAGCUUCCAACAUCCACUCGGCACAGAGAGAGGGGAGCCAGGGGUGAAAAAGGGGAGAAGGGACAGGCAAACCUCAACCACCCCUACUCUCCCAACUCUCACAGAAGAGGAGUUGAGGCAAAAACCUCCUGCCCUGGUGCAAAAUUUAGGUCCCUGUCCCGUGAUGGAGGGGACAGGAGGGCUUCCGAUGGAGGGGUGAGACGUAACCCCAAAGCCAGUGGGACAGCUGAAAGGGCAGGUGGACGCAGUGCAGAGAACAGCCCUUACCUAUCCCGUCGCCAGAGUGAAACCAAGCUACCCCAGCGCUACCAGAGCUGCAUGCAGCUGAGCCCUAUGAGCCUGGGUAGCACAUGUAAAGACAUCUCCCAGGGUCCAGCAGCUGUAUCCAUAUCCUUACCCCCUCCUCUCCUGCCUGCUUCCCCCCGCAUGGAGUGGAAGGUGAAGAUCCGCAGUGAUGGCUCACGCUACGUGGCCAAGAGGCCUGUUAGGGAUCGCCUCUUGAAAGCACGCGCCAUGAAGAUCAGAGAGGAGCGAAGUGGCAUGACAACAGACGAUGAUGCUGUGAGUGAGAUGAAGAUGGGCCGCUACUGGAGCAAGGAGGAGCGCAAGCAGCAGCUGCUGAGGGCCCGGGAGCACCGCCGGCGCAGGGAGUUCAUGAUGCAGAGCCGACUUGACUGUCUGAGGGAGCGGGAACGGGAGCAGGGUAACAGUGGUGGAGGACCGCAAGGGACAGCAAACCAGCAGGAACCCACCUCUAUCCUGGAGCUGUGCCACCGCAGGAGCAUGAAGAAGCGCAGUCGCAGGAUCCUGGACAACUGGAUCACCAUACAGGAGCUGCUAGCCCACGGGACCAGGUCUCCAGAUGGGAAGAAAAUUUACAACCCCCUGCUGUCAGUCACCACAGUCUGAGACAGGAGGGCGGAGAGAAAACAUAGGAGAGAAAGAUGAGCUGUAAAACCACACGUCCAGGAAAUUCAUAAACAUACCUGCAAAAUAGCGGAAACACCAGCACAAAGUGUCCUUGAUAGGGCCCUGGGUCUCCCUGAACUGCUUCAUUAUGCCUUAGCACCAAGUUUGUGUCUGUAGGGAUGCAGAAACAUUCUGCUAGGACAAUGUCCAUGUAGUUGAUGGGACGGGAAAGUAUCUCAGGCACCAACCCAACAUGUUCGGCUGAAGAAAAGAGCUGGUGACUGAGACUGCCAUUGCUUGAGGGUUACUGUCUAUAAGAUGUUUGCAAUAUACUUCCUAUCCCUCACACAAUGUCUUUUAUUUAUGCAGAAACAUGCUCAUUAGAUCUGAGAUCUGGUCAUCAUAGCAAAUGUAACUACAAAUUUAAAAAAGC